AUUCCUUCCUUUCGGCCAGGAGAUAAAGUAUGAGUGAGAAAAUCAUUCCUUGUAAAGAAAUCAGACUCAAAAUUAUCACAACAUCUCACGGUGAAUAAACAAACAGGAGCGAGUACUUACCUUCUCAGUCAUGGGAGAUGUUGGAACAAAGUUUGUUUCUCCAAGUGUGCUGGAAAGUAACAGAGGAUUCCUUCAAGGGCUCUCUAGCAGAUACAAAUACAUGCCCAAGGAGUGUGAGUAUGAAGAGGAGUGGUAAACUGAUAUUUACUACUGACACUACAGCGAAAUAAGAAGUUAAAGAGGUUUAUUAUUACUGUUUUUUCCCUGAGACAUUCAACAUCAUUACAUCUGCCGGUGUUGCAUGCUUUAUGUGUGCGCUUGACCGCUUAUUAGGCUAUGUAAGCAAUUAAAGGCACAUUAGCAUGAUUUAAAUGAUUUAUUAAUAAACGUGUGAUUAGUUGACUAAUACUUAAAAUAAACGACUGCUAGUCGACCAGAAAAAUAUUUAGUCGAGGGCAGCCCUAAUGAAAACAUGAUGAAACAGGAGGAAAAAAAGUCAUUAUGCAGCAUCAGAGUAGGCGGUAGAUGGGUUGGUCAGUCUGAUACAGACACUGUAUAAAAUGAAAGGACACUAAGUAGAGCAGAACAAACUCCUUACAGGAGAAGAUUCACUCAUGGCCUAUGAGACAGAGGAUCAUGAGAUUCAACACUGCUUUCCUUCCAUCAAUUCAUCAUGUAUCAAGGGAAAACGCUCCAGUCAUGAAUACAAUGUCAUUUACAUGUUUGUAUCAAUGCUUUCAGCAUGGACUGUGUUUCUGAACCUGCUGGUGAUCAUCUCCAUCUCUCAUUUCAAGAAGCUUCACACUCCAACCAACCUGAUAAUUCUCUCUCUAGCAGUGGCUGACAUGCUUUUUGGACUUGUGAUGCCCAUAGAGGCCAUGAGGCUGAUUGAGAUAUGUUGGUACUUUGGAGACACUUUCUGUGGACUCUAUACAAUAUUUAUUUGGAUGCUUCUCUCAUCAUCUCUUAGUAAUUUAGUAUUAAUUGCUGUUGAUCGUUAUGUGGCUGUUUGUAACCCUUUACUGUACCCACAGAAAAUAACCAUGACUAAAACAUUAAUAAGCAUCUGUCUGAGCUGGGUUUGCACUUCAACUUAUAGCACUGCCUUUGUAAUUUCACUCAGAACAUACAUUUGUUAUGGAGAGUGUUCUGUUAUCAUGGGUUUUUCUUGGAGAGUCACUGAUCUGUUAAUUUCUUUUAUUUUUCCUUGUCUCCUGAUCAUAUCUUUAUAUUUGAGGAUUUUCUAUGUUGUACAUCAGCAAGUGAAAGUUAUAAACACUCUGAUGAAGGGUGCCAAAUGCGUAAAUGAAGUGUCAGUGAGAAGGAAAUCUGAGAGCAAAGCUGCUCUGACAUUAGGAAUCAUUGUCACAGUUUAUCUGCUUUGUUGGAUUCCGUACUAUAUCUGUUCCAUUUCAGCAGUUUCCUCCAUAGCCAUACAUGUUUUGACAUGGGUCAUGUAUAUUAACUCAGGUCUGAAUCCAAUGGUAUAUGCUUUAUUUUACCCCUGGUUUAAAAAGACAGUUAAACUCAUCUUAUCUCUGAAAAUAUUUCAGCCAGCAUCCUCUCUGGUCAAUAUUUUUACAGAACAUUAAUUGCAUUUAAACUGAUAAAGCGAUCUUUCUGAGAACAAUUGGUGGUUAAUUAAUCAUAAAUAAAUAAUUUCUAAUCAGUGAUUUAAUAACCACAAACAUCUGGAAAUCUGGAUUUUAUGUUUGUAAUUGAAACAUGGCUAGAAGUUAGCUGCAGUACAACAGUCCUCAAUGAAACAACCCCUCCUAAUUGUCUACAGGACUGUUCGAUGAGGUGGAGGUGUAGCAGCUCUAUUUGAAGAUGUCUAUCAAUGCAAGCAAGUGUCAUUUGUUCAGUACUUGUCUUUUGAAUAGUGGGAUUUUGUUGAAAGGUGUUCCACGUGUUCUUUUUAUCGCCAUUUACAGGCCUCCAAAAUACUCUCCAGCCUUUGUUGAAGAGUUCACAGAAAUGUUCUCAAUGAUUUCAUCAGAGUUUGAUCAUUAGUAUCAGGAAGGCGAUUAGCACAUACUCAAGAUAUGCAGAGGCCAGACAGAUUCGGCAACAAUAUCAGAAAUAAGAUACUAUGUUUAUUUUUGUUGCAAUCUGUAGCUAAAUUUAGUAAGAAACAGUGCAGCACCUAAAAUUUCAACCUUCUAUAUUAACACACUGCCCACAUCUUUUUUUCAGAAUUGUGCUAAACUCUUUAGAAGCAGAUCUUUUAGAAGUGGUGAAUGCCUCACUUCUUUCUGGGACUUUUCCAAACUUGCUGAAAACUGCAGUUGUUAAACCCCUCCUGAAAAAGAACAAUCUUGAUAACGCCAUUCUGACCAAUUAUAGACCACUAUCAAAUCUUCCUUUUAUAUGCAAAAUUAUAGAAAAUGUUGUUUUUAAUCAUGUGAACAUAUUGAUCUUAAAUGGAUACCUA